UGUAUUUUCAAAGUUAUAUAGAAGAGAAGAAGUUAUUUAAAUAAAAUGUGGGAUAGUGAUUUCAAACUGGAGCAAAAUGAAAAUCUUCUGAGAGUGAAAAAGAAGGUUUUUGCUUGUGUAUCAACUUGAGGAGGGUGCAUUUAGUUAUUUUUAAUCAAAUAUUGGAAAAUUCUGCUGGAAAAAUUACUGAGUACACAAUGGAGGCGCCAAAGACUCCAGCUUCACCGAGUCUGUCUGGCGGAGGAAUUCGUCGACCAAAUCGUCCUCGAAUUACCAUUACAAUUCCACCAAAUCACCAACAAUCACCGUUUCGGUAUUCUCCCUAUGGACCUUCAACUGCAACCACUAUGCCACCCACAGCUAUGACCAGUGAUGCCAACCUGAGAAAACCCUCGUUCUUUGAUCCGUUCGGCACUGACCAUCCAGCCAAGUAUGGCGACUUUAUGUCUAAGCAAUUCGAGGGUAUCAAAGAUUUCACCAAAUUGGGACUGGGGCACGGGGAAAAAGUUGCCCUAUGGGUGUAUGAGAAGUUCAGUAGUUGGUCCAAAAAGUGGUUCACCCAUAUCUUCCUUGUGAUUGUGGUGCUUCUGUACAGUUUAGCUGGGGCAUAUAUUUUCAAAGCUGUUGAGGGUAAGUUUGUCUAAAUUUUAUUAUUUAUUUUAUUUUAUU